AUGCAUCUUAUCAUGAAAACUCAUGAAAGCAUCGCGGAUCAAUUCGCCGAAAUGGAGCAAAUCAUCAUCGAAGCCGUCGAAGAAUCCCUCGAAAUCGACGACUUUGUCGACUUUUGCGCUAUUAAUCCCGACCAAUGCCACCCUGAUGCAAAGUGCCAAAACGGAGCAAGCUCGCUAAAAUGCACUUGCAACGCGAAUUUCGAAGGAGACGGAUUCUCGUGCUCCGCGAUUAAUCGAUGCAAAAAUGAUCCAUGCAAUCUUGCGACGGAAAAGUGCUUGUUUACUGGACCAGCCAGGCAGGAACGAGCCAAUUUAGAUAAAAGAGAAAAACUCGUAAAAGACAUCAACGAAUGCGAAAACUCCAACCCUUGUCCUCUCGGAAACAGCUGCCAAAACACUGAUGGAAGCUUCGAGUGCCACUGUGACCAGCCUGGUUGGUUUUUUGUCGAAGACAUUUGCGUUCAAGGAUCGAUUUGUGAUAGCUUCCCGAACAUUUGCGGCGAAGACAUGUUUUGUAAAAAUGUGGUGAUUGAUGGGGAAAUCCGCGAUUACAAAUGCACCGAGCGACGGUUUGAAAUUCAGAUGGAGACAACGACGAGUUCUCAAAUCGGAACUGUGUUCAAUUUUAUGCUUCUUUUUAUCCCAUUUUUUAUCUCACAAUAG